UUUCAGAUAGACUUUAUCACAUGUUAAGCUAAUCAGAAAGAUAUCAGGAUGUUUUCAGCAUUAAAGAAGCUGGUUACCAACGAGCAGGGCGAAACAAGACCCAGUAUCCCCUCUGGAAUGCAAGCCAUGGGCGUGAGUCUACAGCGAAAGUUUGCCCGAGGAGUACAAUAUAAUAUGAGGGUCAUAAUCAAGGGUGACAGAAACACUGGAAAGACAACCUUGUUCCAUCGGCUUCAGGGAGGGAAGUUUAUAGACGUCUACCUUCCAACUUCUGAGAUUCAAGUUGCUAGUAUACAGUGGAACUACAAAGCUACCGAUGAUGUGGUCAAGGUCGAGGUCUGGGACGUGGUGGACAAGGGUAAGCCACGGAAACGAGAGAGAAACACUCUGAAGAUCGAGAACAAGGAAACGGAAGAAGAAGAGCCUGAAGACCCUUGCCUGGAUGCUUCCUUCCUUGAUGUUUACAAAGGAACCAAUGGCGUUGUGAUGAUGCUCGAUAUUUCUAAGAAAUGGACUUGGAAGUACGUCCAGAAAGAGCUUCCCAAGGUUCCAACCCAUAUACCAGUAUUAGUCAUGGCUAGUUUCAAGGACCAGAUUGAAGAGCAGGUAGUAUACAGAGAAGAAAUUGAAUUCUUCAUCAAAGAGCUUGACAGACCCCCAGGCUCGGCUCACAUCAGAGUAGCAGAAUCUUCCAUGAAAAAUGGUUUUGGUCUGAAAUACCUUCAUUCUUUCUUCAACAUCCCGUUCUUACAGCUGCAGAGGGAAACACUUUUACAGCAGCUUCAGAGGAAUCAGCUUGAAACCGAUGCAACGCUAGAAGAACUAGAUGCCAGAAUAGAAUCUGAAGAUCAGGAUUAUGAUAUGUAUUUGUCGAGUCUUUCCCAAAAGCGAUCUGAGAAGUCCAAAGGAUCAUCAUCAUCUCUCAACGUACCCAAUGGACAAACACCCAGAAGAGCAUCAGAUACAAGCAGUAAUCGAAGCUCGUCCGCAUCCGUUACUCCUGCCAAAGUAAGCCCCGCCCACACACCAAGCCAGCUUACCCCAAGCUCAACUCCGCCCACAAUCAGACAUACACAGCAAAUACAGCCAAUCAUACAGCAGCAGCAGCAAGCCCCUCCCCCACGGCCUGCUCCAUCGCCAGCCACCCAGGAGGAUGAUCAGUCGCUAGGCAACAGGUUCAGCAAGUGGUUUGCUCCGAGCGAGUCAAAGGUCAAACAGGGAACCAGAGUUGAGGAUGAGAAAUCAGCAGUCAUCGAAUCACCAGCUGAGAUUCACCACUCACGAAAACAACCCCAAGGAAAAAUCAGCAACGUUGAUGAGUUCAUUCCCGACGAAGGCAUCGACAAGGGAUUCUUUGACGAGACGGACUCCAAACCUGUGGCCGAGCCCCCAAAGAAGACGAGUAUAUUCAGCUUUGGGAGGAAAGCCAAGCCAAAACCCAAACCUGAGCCUCUGGCACCGGAACCGGUUGUAGCUCCACCUCCACCUCCAGACUCUGACAGUGAUGAUGGAGUAAACCCGAUGGUUGCAGGAUUCCAGGAGGAACUGGAUUCUGAGGAUGAGGUGAUAGAAGGGGAGGUCCAGGAUGUGACGCCGGUAUCCCCUGAUACAGAGGGACCUGAUUCCCCGUUUGAUACAUUCUCACGGAUGCCCCCCAGGCUCGCAAGCAAGGACAUGUCCAGUGAAGACGACGAUGGUAGGCCGGUAGUUGCAAUGGACGAUGAUGUUAUUGAUUCGGAUGACGAUGCACCAUCGGCACGGUCAAAGCUAUCCAGUCAGCACAUGGGUUGGAGCUUUGAAAAGAAAUUGCCAUCGGUUCAAGAGUCCAGUAGGACUCCGGCCACCUCCAGCUUGUCUGCCAAACCAAGCACUGAAACAAAAAGACAGUCCAGGGUCUCCACGUCGUCGUCCUCGUCCGCACCAGAGACUCAUGUGACGAUAUCCUCAAGGACACAGGGUGCUUCAGGGUCUCGGGUAACCCCCACUCAGGACAUUGUCUCUUCGGAAGACGAAGGGGCGGAGGUUAAGGUUUUACAGGAUUGUGAGGAUAUAUCAGAGGAUGAUGCGCAGAGACCGACAUCUUUAAGAACUGAUGAUGAACCAAAAACUGAUUCAAGACCGUCCAAGAUUGCCCAAGAGGAUAGUGAUGAGGAAGUAACAGAAGCCUUAGAGGCACCAACUACCCCAAGUCAAGAAGUAUCUUCCCCAGCAUCUCUUGGUCUUACAUUACAAUUAGAAGAUCUCAAUUUCUUAGAGAGCGUAACUUCAAAGCCUGCCAAACCAGUAGUAUCAAGAAACCUAUCACGGGCCAGUGAUGAGUUUGAUGUCCUUGUCUCGGUUGUCCAGGAUGAGGACCUUAGUGAGUGUGAGACAAACACCAGUACUAGUACCAGCAGCUCAGCCAAGAAGAAGAAGAAACACAAGAGCAAAGACAGAGAAGAGGAUGAUGAGGAGAGGACUCACAAGAAACACAAACACAAGAAACAUAAAGACAAGGAUAGGGAGGAAAAACACUCCAGGAGAGACUCCAACCCUGACGGCGAAGACCGCAAGAAGAAGAAGAAGAGCAGCUCCAGUUCCGGGUCCAGUUCCAAGAAGAAAUCCUCGGGAGAGAAGCGAGAGAAGAAACAAGAUGGAGCCUCAGGAGGAGGUGGGGCAGGAUCCACAGGAGCAGGAGGGGCAGGAGAUCCUAUGGAUGAUAACGCAGCGUUGGAGGCAUUCCUCGAAGGAUUUUAAGUGCCCCAGAAUGAGUACAAUAUCUUGCCUUCCAAAACCAAAGGUUAUGUCAUAGGCCUGAAUUCAAUGUGUAGAUUUGUACCAUGGCAUGAUUUAACCGAACAAAGACAUUGUGUGUGCACAUGCAAACUUAAGUUACCUAAGGUAUUACACUCCACUAUGGUUGAAAUAACUUCAUUGAAUUCAGGCCUAUAUUUUUUUUUCAGGGUUUUUGCAGCCAUUACCGGAUUUUUUAUUAACACUUAUAAACCCAUGCAUUCAUCAGCUACUAACAAUAAUCAGCACUACUCUUUUUUUUUAAUGUCCUAUAUUACAUGAGUGCCAUCCCAUCUGAAGAGAAUAAAAGGGUUAAUCAAAAACUUUUAACCUCAAUGAAUGGUUUAUCACUCUAAAUUCAGUUUUGAAAGUAAAAUAUUGGAUGCUUAUAUACCACCUCAUGUGGAUCACCCGUGUUCCAAUAAUGCAAUAAUUAUGUUAAAAUUAUUGAGACGGCUAGAAUAUUUGCAUAGCUCUCGUCUAAAAUCUUCGAAGAAAGCUUGCUACCGCUGUUUCAUUCAUGCUUUGGUAUUUAUUAUUUUCCAUCAAACUAUUGUUAAGAAUAAUUGAGGUAAAUCCACCUUCAAAUGCAAUGAAAAUUAUGAAAAUCAUCUGCACCCAUAAAACUCUUCUCAAAAGUUCAUAUAAUUCAGUAUGGUAAUUGCAGCUUAUUUUCUAUGAAGUUUUUUUUUUUUUUUCAUUUUUGCAGUGCAUAUUGCAUAUGGGAACUAGAAACUGUUGUAUUGACAAUCAUCUAAUAACACUAAAUCAUAAAUUUUGUUCAAAAAUUCAUUUGUACAUUUUCUCAACGUAAGUACUAUUCCCUCUUCUAAAAUACUAACUGAAAAAUGAUUAUCAUUUCAAUCUUCCUAAUACUUGUGAGUCUUUUUACUCUUUUCAGAUCCAUGCACAAUUCAACUAACGGAAAUAAUAUUUAACUACUGUAAUAGUGAUGAAUUGUUACAAUUUUUUUUAUAGCUUUCAUACUGUAUUCCCUCAUCUGCCAUUCUUUCAUCUCCUCUAAUCUCCCUAUGGGGAGCAUUUCAUGAAGAGUUUUGUAAGUGAUGUUCACUGAUUAUAAUAUUCUAUCAGCCAACAAGAUGCAUGGGUUUCCAGUAGCUUAUAAGGUCUAUCAUUGCAAACCGCUGGCAAAUCUCUUCAUGAAAUGCUCCCCAUCUAUUGCAGCAAUGUACCUCGAUAAAAAGAGUCCAUGCCGGGUCUUUUACCAUAGGAGUGUACCACAUAGAGUUAAGUGUGACUUAGCACCAAACUUAAACGUCAUCAUGCACAUGAUUAACGGUUUAAUAGAUUGAUGGAUACGCAUCAGUGCGCAUCCUAUGUGCACGAUCUGACCAAUGCAGUGCCGCGUCAUCUACCGCACGCAACCACAUUUAAGUGCAGCUUUAAAUCUUUGUGAAACACCCCCCAUAACUCAUGCCAUAAAAGCACUAUGUGUUUAUAUGACAUUUCCCAUUGCUUUGUCUAUGAUGAAUAUGAGGAUUAACAAUAAAAAGACGCUUGAUGGAUUCCUGCGUGGACGAGACAGCUCUUGACUUGUUGGUGCCUCAGUAUCUUUUCUUGUCCACCAAUUUCAGCAUAGACAAAACAAAGGGGAAUGCAGGGAAACUACUGCAAAAGAUGCUGAGUGUUAUUCAUGCUUAAAGCUGCAGCAUAGACUUGUAAAUGUGCCUAACUCUGGGGAUGUUUCAUGAAAAUGUUCAUAAUGUCAUAGAAAAUAAUGGGGAAUAGAAUGCAAGAGUAUAAAGUCAUGCAUGAUUUAUGAAAGACUUGAAUAUGAAGUUCCCAAAAGUGACUCAAGUCUGUUGAUGUUCAUCAAUUUAUGUCUGUUUUUAAAGUUAUUUCAAAUACAAGACAUUGUGUGUUAGGGCAAAUAAUAUUGUUCAAUCAAACUAAAAGUAUGCCUCAUCAUGUGGAAAUUCUGUAUUUUUGCAACUUUAGCUAUGAU